AGAUCAUACCCCCGCGCGCUCGCCUCGUCGUCAGCUUAGCGCAUGAUUUUUAACAGCAGUGCUAGCGGGAGACGGCAUUGUUCCUACUAUAUACCAGCAUGGCUAUCAACACUCCGUCAAGCGCUCGUAUGAGCGCUGGCCCAUGGUCCAGGCUUACCCCCACGAACUCGACCAACAAUUCGCCCUUUGGCCGGGCGACACCCUCGUCUACGUCUCGGCCUGGAGCCUCCAGCAAGUCGGCCAAGAAUGACACGGGAUUGUCGCUGAGACACGUUAUUGGCACCACUGCGUGCGCUGCAAACUCAAUUGACACUCUUCCCGCAAGCAACGCGCUCGCGUUCACCGCGGGAGCCGCCGCUGUCCUUGCCUCCUUCGACGACAACCUCGCCUUCACCCAGCGCUUCUACAGAGCGCGGCCCACCGCCGUGCCGUUGAAUCCAAGCCCUAGCAUCUACGAACCCAGCACACCGACGGCUCUCGGCGGAUCCUCUGACCUGAGGCGGAGGACGGCCGUGUUCGCGAGGGACAUGAGCACCCCCAAUUCCCCCGUCACCCCGUCCGCGUUGGAAUUUGGCGAGAGCCCUGGCGGCGGGGGCAAGACGUGGGCCGCGAAGGAGAGAGUAAAGUCGGCGACAUGCGUCUCUUUCAGCCCCGACGGCAAGUAUCUAGCCAUUGGCGAGACAGGUUACAAGCCGCGAGUGCUCAUCUUUUCGACCUCCAGGGAGGCCUCGCCAUAUAUCCCACUCACGUCGCUGAAUGACCACACCUUUGGCGUCAAGUGCGUCGCCUUCAGCCCCAACUCGCAGUACCUCGCCUCACUGGGUACUGCCAACGACGGGUUCCUGUAUAUAUGGAACAUCAACAACCGCAACGGCUCCGCCACGCUGUACGCAAGUAACAAAUGUACUAGCAAUAUCUAUGGCAUUUGCUGGAUGGGUAUGAACCUGGUUACGUUUGGCACGCGGCACGUCAAGUUGUGGAGGCUGGAAGGCAGCACGCCGAGCACGCCCGUGAAGCUCUUAGCAAGCUUUUUGAGCAGCGGGCACACUCCUCGAGCAAAGGGCGAGCAUCGUAUUUUGGCUGGAAGGAAUUGCCUAUUGGGGCCCCUUCUCGAGGGCGUCUUCACAUGUGCAGUGGCGCUCAGCCGAAAUCGCGCUCUGGUCUGCUCUGAACUUGGUGACUUGUGUCUGCUUGAUGACAGCGAGGGCCGGCAAAGCUUCGUCAAGAUUGGCGACGCUGGUUUCUGCGUUACGGCCGCCUCGCUCGUGUCCAGUAAUCAGGUCCAGCUGGCGGGCAAGGCCGGCGUCUUGAGAACAAUCGAGGUCGACAAACUCUUGAAGAAGGCGUAUAAGCGUUCGGCGAGCCGGCAAUCGAGCAUCGAUGAGAACAUGUACGGCGACAGCGGCCCGUUUAUAGUCGCUCUCGCGCCCUUUGGCAAGUACAGCGUAUCCGUCGACACGAACCGCUUCAUACGGCUCAUCAAACCCCUACCACCGGACAAACCUGAAAGUGCGCCCGAAGUCGCGCUCCAGCUACCUGCCCAUGGCGGACCUGUUCUCGGCGUGCGUCCGUGCAAGACUUCGCGUGCGCUCGACGCCACCUUCUUCACAUGGUCAGCUGAAGGCACAAUCCUAUUCUGGAACUCUGAUGGCGUGCUGAAGAAAUCGAUCAGCGUAGAGAUCGAGCAGCCCGAAAGCCAGGACGAAACGAUCAACGAGCUCAGAGUCGUGCGUCUUUGCGGCUCUAAGCAUCUUGUCACUGGCGACAAGUGCGGCGUGUUGAGGCUCUUGGACCUGGUUGACGGCAAAUGCCUGUCCAGUCUCCGAGCACACGCCGGCGAGAUCACGGACAUCGCAAUUUACGAGGGCAGCGAGACGUUGGUCGCAUCUGCCGGGAGGGAUAGGACCGUGCAAGUAUUCGAAAUCAAGGCCGGGAGCUGCGAGCUGCUGCAAACCCUGGAUGAGCAUGUUGGCGCUGUCACAGGCAUAGUCUUCACGCCCAACGGCAAGCAUUUGCUGUCAUGCUCGUCAGACCGAACGGUCGUGGUGCGCGAGGCGCUCAUGCGGGAGGAAAAUGGGCAGUCGGUGACAGCGUUUAUCAUUUUGAGGACGGUUACCCUCAAGGCAACGCCUGUUUCUAUGACGAUCCCGCAUGACCGUGACGACAUCCUUUGGAUCUCGGCAGUGGACCGCAAUGUGCACAGAUACAAUCUGCGCAAUGGUCAUCUAAGUGACAGCUUCAAGGUGACCGACAACGAAGGCAGCGACGCGGUGGUGCUGUCGUCUCUGGCAUGCGUGCCAACCUAUAACAGCCAGAACAUGUCUAUGAUUGCCGGUGUGUCUUCGACGGAUAAGUCGAUUCGUGUCUACGACGAGAACGGCCUGCUUCUCGGGCGCGAUUGGGGUCAUACGGAAGGCGUGACGGAUCUGGCUCUCAUAAAUACCAAUGAUGAGAAGGAUGACACGCCUGGUCCCGCAAGCCUAGUAACUGUAGCUGCAGACGGCACAGUGUUCAUAUGGGCCUUCGGUUCACGAAACACACAUAAGCGCGAUCUGUCGCAAUCCAUGGAGCUCAUGGGACUCAAUACACCGAACAAAGACCUUCUGGUCAACAAACCACCGCUGCGCAGGGUGCUGUCGCAGACAGAGAUGGCACGCUUCCAAGAGCGGUCGACGGAUGACGACACGGUCAUUACACCCAUAAUAAAGAAGACUCCUGCCGUGCCCACACUUGCGAAACGCAGUUCUUCACGGUUCUCAUUAGCGCAGACGCCGAGAUUGGAUCCGCCCAUCCCGACGUUCGAUGCCUCUGGAAGACGGAGAGGAACGAAGGGCAACUCGCCUUCACCGCCAACGAGCCCCAAGUCGCAGCGGACCGUGACGCGGAAAGCUUCAAACUCUACCAUAUCGUCCUCAGCGCGGGCUCGCACUAGAAGCACGGGUGGGUACGGGCCCCCUGAUAGCACAACUAGUGCGCUUGCGACUUCGACCGACAACAUCUGCCGCAAUCUGCGAUCAUACCGCAAAAAGUUGGCCACCAGCUCCGACGACCUCAGCGCCGACACAUUGAAGAGCCUCGAGCGCGAACUCGGUUUGACAGCGCGUGCUGUCGGUGAGAAAGCGAUGAAAGCACGCGGGGUUGCCGAGGAGACCGUCAUGGUCAAGCUACUCUCCCAGUACUCUGAACGACUGCUGGAGAUGUUAGAUGAGAAGUUCGCCGCCACCCUGGCAAGGCAGGUCAGCACAGGAAACAACGGGGGAACUCUGACGCCGCCUGACAGCGGGGGUUGCGGUGAAGAUGCGAUGACUCUUGUCAAUGAUGAGAGGCAUCCCAGCAUACAGGAAGAGGUCUAAAAGAACCUUAAUUCUAUUUGACAGAGGGCCAUCACUGCCACAGAAGUGAGCCUGAGGUCGUCGAACACUAUUGUUUUACACAAAGGAUACCCGCACGUCUCUGUUUAUACUCGAUCGGAGGACGCAACGGCGUUUUAAUAUUUAAUGGUAAAAGAGGUUGCAAGCAAUUGCAUCACUCUACACACGCACUCACAACCACCUACACCUGCCCGGAAUUUUGGAGCUUGUCUUGGUUUGGAUUUCGUCGGCGGAUACUCCCUUUGUUUUCUUUUUCUUAUUAUUACUACUAAGAUUCACAAGAUACCCGAUGUUUUUUUUUUUCAUCUCUCGAGGGCAAAGAGAGGAGAGAGGGCAAGACUAUGCCUUCUGAUUACGCUUGGGGCACAAAAUGGACGGUUGAACGGCGUCAUGGCGUAUUUCUCGUUUGUGAGCAAUUUUUUUUCUUACGGGAAGAAAGGAGAGGCAACCGCUGAGACUCACGGGAGAACAGAGUUCUUAUAGAAAAAGACAUGCCAGAUGGCAGUGAUGCUGGUAAAUGCUCAAAAUGGAAUUUAUUCCUGCUUCUG